AUCACCCGGGAGGAACCGUGCAGCCUGCCCGUCGGAGCAAACUCACAAUGUCGGACGGAAACGACUCCAAGAUGAAAGGAGCCCGGAAACGGUUAAAGGGCGUUUUCUGAUCAACGCAAACGCUGGGAUCGGCUCUGCGCUCAGUGUGGGUGGGAAGGAAGAAUGGAGUCCCGCCCAUGCGCGCCUCUGAUUGGAGCUGCGGGCGCUGCCGCGUUCCAUCUCCGAACGUUGGUGCCGUUGGAACGUCGCAGACUGGUCACGUUUCAAGUCGAUCAUUGUGACGUCGCGGAGCUGAUGGUGUUUCACUCGAAUGGAAACAAUCGGAAAUAUUCAUAUCUGAGAGUCAAAGUCGAAGAGGAUACAGAAGCCGUGAUAUUUAACGGAGCUGAAGUGGUGGACAUUCCGAAUGAUUCAUCUUCCCUUACUACUGAAGACCUUUCACAAGCAAACAAUCAAAAAAGAUAUCUAACUGCUGUAGUUUAUGUACAGAAAUCAGGAGCAGAAGGCUCGGCCAGUGCUUCAGGUAUGAAUAACAAUGAGUCAACAGCAAACCUGCCACAGGAAUGUCUGCCAAACAGAAAUGAUGUUUCACCUGGAACCGCGUCGCAUGAGCCUCGACACAGGCCUGGAGAAUACACUUACACUUACAGACCCAAAAGAAGGAAAAUUACAAUCCAUAAUGCACCUCCGAUGAGAACCAGAGACACUGGAGAUUAUGUGGACUAUGAAGAAAAUGGCGACUUUGUUUAUGACUUCAGUGCUGACUAUGAAUGUGCCAGUGAUAUGUCAGAAGGUUCCUAUGUUACCGAUCAGCAGAGGACGCUGGUGGAGAUUCUUAAUUACUGCCAGGUAAUGUAUGCUGCUAUCCAGAGACUAGACAAGAAAUUUGAUGUUCUGCAUCGCAGGGUCACAGAGAUGCAUCAGGGGAGAAUGAAACCGAUGUUUUUCAAACCGGAUUGGAAUGGUUUGCUGUUUGAACUGGGACUGUGA